AUGGAGAUGCUUGCUCAGGGCUACAGAGUGGAUGGUCAGGACUCUCUUGGCAAUACGGCACUACACUGGAUUGCAUAUUUCAGACUGGACACCCUGCUCAGCCCACUUUUAGAGAAGCGCGCGCGCCCCGACAUUGUCAAUAAUUCCGGCGAAUCUCCAGUACAUUUUGCUGCGAUGUCUUCCCAUGUAGCUGGCUUGGAUGCAAUGACACAAGCCAAUCGAGCUCUGCUAUCACUUCAUGACAAGGAUGGGUACACCCCUUUCAUCGUGGCAGCGAAGCAAGACAACUCUACCAUCAUGGAGUGGAUGUACCUGAAGGGUGUUAGUAUAGAAGAGCAAGAUGACGAUGGCAGAACCGCCCUUCACUGGGCGUGUUACCAUGGGAACAAGAAGACGGUACAGUGGUUACUUUCGCGUUCUGCUAGUAUCGCCCACCGAGACAGUGAUGGUAUGACAGCAAUCCACUGGGCGGCCAUGAAGGGCCACGAGCUCAUUGCAGACAUGCUCAUAGAGGUCGGAGCUGUGAAGCUUUUGGAUAUCCCGGAGCGCAAUGGGAUUACUCCAAUCGAGUUUGCCAUGCAGAAGAAGAACAGGUACAUGGUGGCGUCCUUCCACAAGUCGCAGGUAUUGAGCUAUCUGUUGGGCAGGCCGUAUGUGUUCUGCAAUUCUUUCGCAACUCUGUUCAUCUGCUUCAUUGCCUUCAACAUCCUAGUGUUCGCCUUGAUCAUAGCGCCAGGUAUUGCGGCUAGAAAUCCGGAGGCAGUGAUGCACUGGUCUGUAUUUAUGGGACUGUCACUGCUCCUUUGGGUUCAGUGCUGCUUUUCUGAUCCCGGCUGUUUGCGGCCGCAUACCAUACACCCGCAGCAUCACCUCCUGGGCAAUGACCCAGAGAAGACGUUUGAUGUUGAGCAACCAAUUGAGUUACAGAUGGCUCAUUGCGAUAGUGUGUUGCAGCAGCUGACGCUGACAUGCGAUGGUGAGGCACCAGAAGUCAUGAAGCUCGAGCUGGAGCAAAACAAAUACAACUAUCAGAGGCAGCUCUUGAGACAAGCCAGGAAGCGGCUUGAAAGACUUUGUGGCAUGGGCGAUCCUCGAAGCCCAGCUAAGGGCGAAUCUCAGCCACUCAUUGCUCCAGGCUAUAAGGAGCGCAUUGCAACACAGCAGGCUCAACUGAAUCGAGCCACAGAGGCUCUUCAUGAGCGUGAGAGGUCCACUGGAGAAAGCCUGGGCCGUGCGCGAGUGGAGCAGCUCCUUGGAGAAGGAUGUGGCGAGUACCUUUCGUUGGUGGAGAAAGGCGAGUUCAAGCAUGUGUGCAUCAUUUGUCGUGCGCGGCGUGAGAUGCGAUCCCACCACUGCAAGGAGAUUGGCCGCUGCGUUGAUAAGAUGGACCACCACUGCCCGUGGAUUGAUAACUGUGUGGGCUUAGGCAACCAGCGGUCCUUCUAUAUGUUUGUCCUGCUCCUUUUCACCACCAUCAUCUACUUCUACUACGCAGUUUUCUUAUAUGCAUUUGACAAAGUGUUUCCAGAGAUUUCACAUGGCUCCUUCGGUGAGCUUCUGCAUGCCCUGACAAGCGGGUCCCUUGCGCCUGAGCUACAACCGCUUGUAGUUCUCAUUGCAACUGUGUUUGAUUUGUUUUGGGUGUAUUUCGUGGGUCUUUUGGUUGUCCGGCACACGGCAUACAUGCUGGUGAAUGUGACUACUUGGGAAAUCCAGAUGAGACCGCCUCAUGUCCAGCGACGCUUUCCAAAGGCUCGGAGAAAGUACUGGUUCCUCCAAGGUUGUGGACUCAUGUCGGCCUUAGCUAAUUGCGCAAAGUUUUGGAUGCUGGACGACAGCGGUGACGUGGCAAUGUUCUUUGGACAUCCUCAAGAGAGCUUCGUGGCUGCUGAACGCAAGCUGGAGGGCAAAGUGAUCCACAAAGCGGUUGUGCACGACGUGCCCGUGAUGGUGGAGUCCGGUGUGGAGACUGCGCGUCCGUACGUGCAGCAGGCUGGGCAGGUCAUCCACAAAGCUGUUUAUCACGACGUGCCGGUGAUGGUGGAGACGGCCCGGCCCUACGUCGAGGAGGCCGCAAGGGCUGCGCACCGGGCGGUAGCGGAAGAGGCCCCUCGAGCAAUCGAAGCUAUGAGGCCUCACGUGGAGAGGGCGGUCAGCAACGCCUGGCAACACACCAGCACCGCCGUCCAGACUGCCGGAGAGGUGAUCAGCCAGCAUGCACAAACGGCAGCUGCCAAUGUGGUGAUUGCG